GCAUAAUGUGCCUUCAUGGCGAUCCCUCCGCAAAAAAAACGGCUCGUUCGCGGGCGAGAGCCGGCUCCCGUCGUUCACUUAAAUAGUUCGCGACCGACACAUCACUACGACAGACGUAGCAUAAAAAUGUCCACGAACACAGAUGAAGAAGAACUCAUUCCUAAAAAAGGUACCACUUCAGUAAGUUCAGUUGUAUGGAAGUGGUUCGGGUACAAGCAGUCAGACAUAGAACAAACAACUGUUCUGUGUAAGGUCUGUAGAAAGACGAUCGCUGCAAAACAUGGGAACACAACCAACUUAUUCCAGCACCUGCGACAGAGACAUGCAGUGGAAUGGCAGCAGUGUGUAGCACUAAGAGAUGCAGAUGCUAGCUCAAGCCACAAAGCGCCUGCAAAAAAGCAGGUAACCUUGGCAGCAGCAUUUUCAACAGUCAUUCCUUAUGACAAGAAAGGGCCCCGGUGGGAGGCGAUCACAGAUGCGGUGACAUAUUACAUCGCAAAAGAUAUGGUCCCCAUCUAUACCGUAGAAAAAAAACGGGUUCAUUAAGAUGCUGCAAACGAUAGACCCGAAAUAUCAACUGCCCAGCCGCAAGCAUUUCGCCACAGUUGCAUUGCCCAAUUUAUAUAACAAAACAAGAGCUACAGUCGCAGAGCAGAUGCAAAACGUAGUUUAUUAUUCCACCACUACCGACCUAUGGUCCAGCCGAACCACACACCCAUAUUUGAGUCUGACCGUGCAUUUUAUUGACGGAGAAUGGGCCCUGCGAGGCAUGUGCCUGCAGACAUCGUACUUCCCGGACGACCACACUGGCGAAGUAAUAGCCCAAGGGUUACAAGACUCGCUGGCCUCCUGGAAGCUUCGAGAAGACCGUCUUGUUUGCAUGACUACGGACAGCGGUUCCAACAUGAUUAAAGCCUUGAGACUGACUGAGUGGCCCAACCUCCAAUGCUUUGGACACAGACUUCACAAUGCCAUCAUGAAUGGUAUGAAAGAUCCACGGAUUGACCGUGCCAUCGGGGUUUGCAAAAAGGUUGUAAGUACCUUUUCCUUCAGUUGGAAGAAGAGAAGAGAUAUGGCAGUGGUACAGGCUGAGCUCGGUCUACCAUCUCAUAACCUCAUCACCGAGUCCCUAACCAGGUGGGGUUCGAGACAACUGAUGGUAGAACGACUGUUGGAACAGGAGAAGGCCAUAGCACAGGUCCUGGGAGCAGACAAGAAAAGCAGGCACCUGGUGCCCACCUGGCAGGACAUUGACGUGUUGGAGUCAAUUAAUAAAGCUGUAAGUCCACUGAAGGAAUUCACUGAUGCCUUAUCUGGUGAGGCCUACGUGAGUGUCUCCUACCUCAAACCGGUAAUCCACCUGUUAAGCAACAGCCUUCUGCAGCCAGAGGAGGGUGAGACCGAGCUCACCAAACAAAUCAAGAGCAACAUACUCAACUACCUCAACAAUAAAUACAAUGACCCUGUAACACAGGAACUCCUGGACAUGGCCUCACUCAUGGACCCCCGGUUCCGGACAACCUAUAUAGCAGAUGACCAAGUGGACGGAAUCAAGAAAAGAGCUGUUACUGAGCUGAUGUCUCUUUCAACUGAGAAAAGCAAAUCCCAGCCUGGCACAUCUGUGCAGGACCUGCACCAAGAAGAAGCUGCUGAACCUGUUACAAAGAAGAAGAAAACUCUAGCAAGCUUCUUCAAGAACAAGACACCGACAGUGUCGUCUACCUCCCUGUCAGAGCAGGACAAAAUUGAAGCUGAGCUGUCAUCCUACUUGUUGUCGUCUGAGACAGACCCUGAGACAGACCCACUGCAGUGGUGGAAGCUACAUGAAGCUAACUUCCCAAGACUGAGUUAUCUGGCAAAGAAAUAUCUCUCCAUUCCUGCCACAAGUGCCCCUUCGGAGAGGGUUUUCAGUACGGGGGGUAAUAUUGUAACAUGCCAAAGAGCAUGCCUCAAGCCAGAGGCAGUAGACAGGCUUGUCUUCCUCGCGAAAAACCUGUAGAAAACUUCCUAGAAAGUUAAAGGGAUGUUAUUUUGUUUGAGGGUAUUUUUUUAUUAUCAUUAUUUGUUGUAUUUGUAUCAUUCAACAUGAUGAUAUUUUUAAAUGAUGAAACCAG